AUGAUUGAGAUUCUCAAGAGACAAUUUCUUUACAAGGAUGACUCCCCCGGGUCAGUGAAGUAUUUAGCCUUUGCCAUCAAAGGAGUUGGGCCUGUUCAAAAAAUGAUAAAAUCAUACGAACAAAAGAAAUAUCGCUUUGGACUAAAGUAUGCGAGGACAAUUUUGAGUAAUCCGAAUUUCGCUGAACAUGGAGAAACCUUAGCAAUAAAGGGGCUCAUUCUUAACAUGGGUAAGCAACAAGAAGCACAGGAAUGUGUGAAAAGAGGUUUGAAGGCUGAUUUGAAAUCUUAUGUUUGCUGGCAUGUAUACGGGCUUGUUCAAAGGUCAGACAAAAACUACGACGAGGCAAUCAAGCUAUUCCCUUUUUUCUGUUUUAUUGAUUUUAUGGAUAUCUGUCCGGUUUAG